AUGCCUGAGGAACCCACAAAACUCAAGCAGCCCGAGUCGUCCGAGGGGCGCCUGCUGCUCGUGUCAAAUCGACUGCCCAUUACCAUCAAGCGCUCCGAUGAGGGCAAGUACGACAUGUCCAUGUCCUCAGGAGGACUGGUCAGCGGUUUGAGUGGACUUUCCAAGACCACCACCUUCCAGUGGUAUGGCUGGCCCGGACUCGAAGUCCCAGAGGACGAGACGCAGACCUUGAACGACCAGCUCAAGGAGAAGUACAACGCAGUACCCGUCAUGCUCGACGAUGAACUCGCGGAUAGGCAUUAUAACGGCUUCUCGAACGAGAUCAUGUGGCCGCUCUUCCACUACCACCCUGGUGAGAUUACCUUCGACGAGUCUGCUUGGGACGCAUACACCGAGGCCAACCGCCUGUUCGCAAAGGCCGUCGCAAAGGAUGUACAAGACAACGACAUGGUAUGGGUACACGACUACCACCUGAUGCUCAUGCCUGCUAUGCUCCGUGAAGAGCUCGGCAACACCAAGCAAAAUGUCAAGAUUGGCUUCUUCCUGCACACACCCUUCCCCAGUUCCGAAAUCUACCGAAUCCUUCCUGUCCGUAACGAGAUUCUACUCGGUGUUCUUCAUUGCGACCUUAUCGGUUUCCAUACAUACGAUUAUGCUCGUCACUUCCUGAGCAGUUGCUCGCGCAUUCUGGGACUCGCGACAACACCAAACGGAGUCGAGUUCCAAGGCAAGGUCGUCACGGUCGGCGCAUUCCCCAUUGGUAUUGAUCCCGAGAAGUUCGACGAGGGUCUUCAGAAGCCCAAGGUACAAGAGCGGAUAGCAGCCCUCGAGAAGAAGUUCCAAGGAGUGAAGCUCAUUGUUGGUGUUGACCGUCUCGACUACAUCAAGGGUGUACCGCAGAAGCUACACGCUCUCGAGGUCUUCCUUACCGAGCACCCCGAGUGGAUCGGCAAGGUUGUGCUUGUUCAAGUCGCCGUUCCUUCUCGGCAAGAUGUCGAGGAGUACCAGAACCUGCGCGCAGUCGUAAACGAGCUUGUCGGACGUAUCAACGGCAAAUUCGGCACCAUCGAGUUCAUGCCUAUCCAUUUCAUGCACAAGUCAGUCUCCUUCGACGAGCUUAUCGCGCUCUACGCUGUCUCAGAUGUCUGCCUCGUAUCAUCAACACGCGAUGGUAUGAACCUGGUGUCCUACGAGUACAUUGCGACGCAAGAGAAACGACAUGGUGUCAUGAUCCUGUCAGAGUUCACGGGUGCUGCACAGAGUCUGAACGGCAGUCUUAUUGUCAACCCAUGGAACACCGAGGAGCUGGCAGAUGCAAUUCACGACGCAGUUACCAUGGGCGAUGAACAGCGCAGCCUCAACUACCAGAAGCUCUCAAAAUACGUCCGUAAAUACACUAGUGCCUGGUGGGGAGAGUCGUUCGUCACAGAGCUUAGAAGGAUCUCGGAGACCCCAGACCGCAAGGUGCACUUCGCCAAUGUCACUGUUGCAGGCGCUGAUGACGCGGCAAAGACCGCUGGUGAGACGAGCUCAGAGCUACCAAUCCGUGAGGAAACCAGCAACAAGGACAAGGAGUCAGAUCCUGCUGCUGCUGUCUAG